AUGGCAGGCGGCCGUUUCGCGGAUGGUGUCGUGCUCGCCGUUCCUCCGGCUCUUCCGCUCGUGAUUCACCGUUCCCCCGUGACGCAUCCACCUCGCGCUGUCCCUAGUCGCUCUCCCAGCACCUAUCGCUCACAAGGACUGCUGUCACCAGCGGUCCUUUUCACCUUCGUCAAAGUGCCUACAUACAACUCCCGGCGUCCGGCGAACAUCCCAUUACAUACCCUCGGUUCAUCGGCUCGCCAGCACGACCCCGACUCCGCUCAUCUCCUCGACGGCUACGAUAGACGCAGUGAACGCAGCAGCCGCGACUCUUUUGAUACCCCCUCCGCCGAUUCAGACUUCUCCAUCUGGAGUGACACCGGCGAUCUCGUCGACCAGCUAGGCGAUCGUGAAGACCCUCUUAGCAUUCGUCUGCGGGAGUCUAUAGAAGGCACCAGGAGCUCAAAUCACGGCCGUCCGCAAAAGCGUGUACGGUAUCAAGACGACGGGGAACCAGCGGAGAAGCCCAGGUCUCUCCGAAAGGAGGACAUUGAGAUACCUGAUCCAGGACCCCGUGUUAUCUCCAGGGCUGAGAGGCUGCUCGCCGCAAUCAUGUCACCUCGCGAUGGCCCUUCCCGAAUGCACGGGCUGCAUGGGAAGAAAUUGAUCUACUUCACCACUGUAUUUGUAUCAUUAGGCGUGUUUCUGUUUGGCUAUGAUCAGGGAGUUAUGUCUGGUAUCAUCACCGGAAACUAUUUCAAAAACUACUUUAAUCAGCCCUCUCCUGCCGAGUUGGGUACCAUGGUCGCCAUUCUAGAAGUGGGCGCCUUCAUUUCCUCGUUAGCUGUGGGGAAAAUCGGCGAUAUUCUAGGCCGGCGCAGAACCAUCCUCUAUGGAGCUAUCAUCUUCGUCAUUGGUGGGGCGCUGCAAACUUUCGCGACCGGAAUGCUCAUGAUGCUUCUGGGGAGAAUCACUGCAGGUGUGGGCGUUGGCGUCCUCUCCACCAUCGUGCCCGUCUACCAGUCCGAGAUCUCUCCCCCUCAUAACCGAGGAAAGCUCGCAUGCAUAGAAUUCAGCGGCAACAUCCUUGGCUAUGCUGCCAGUGUUUGGGUGGACUAUGGCUGCAGCUACAUCAAGAGCGACUGGGCAUGGCGGGUACCCCUCGGGAUGCAAUGCAUCAUGGGUGCUUUCCUUGCCGCCGGCAGCUUGCUCAUCUGCGAGUCUCCUAGAUGGCUCUUGGACAACGACCAUGACGAGGAAGGUAUCGUCGUUAUUGCCAACCUCUACGGCAAGGGAGAUAUCCAUAAUCCCAAGGCUCGGGAUGAAUAUCGAGAGAUCAAGAUGAACGUACUGCUCCAAAGGCAGGAAGGAGAACGAUCAUAUUCCGACAUGUUCAAGCGGUACUCUAAACGAGUCUUCAUUGCCAUGUCCGCUCAGGCGCUUGCUCAACUCAACGGCAUCAACGUCAUCUCCUACUACGCGCCCCUUGUCUUCGAAGAGGCCGGAUGGUACGGCCGCGACGCUAUUCUCAUGACGGGCAUCAAUGCCAUAUCUUACCUCGCGUCUACGAUUCCCCCUUGGUAUGUCGUGGAUACCCUUGGCCGAAGGAAGAUCCUGCUGUCUGGAGCCGUCGCCAUGGUCAUAUCUCUCUCAGCCAUCUCGUACUUUAUGGUUUUGCAAGCAAAGUGGACACCUAGAAUGGUUGUCAUUUUCGUCAUGAUUUACAAUGCCGCGUUUGGUGCAUCCUGGGGCCCGAUCCCCUGGCUGUAUCCGCCUGAGAUUCUUCCGCUCAGCAUUCGCGCUAAAGGCGCGAGUCUGAGCACUGCAACGAACUGGGCCUUCAACUGGCUCGUCGGCGAAAUGACUCCUAUUCUGCAAGACUUGAUCAAGUGGCGCCUCUAUUUGGUUCACGCCUUCUUCUGUGCCAUCAGUUUCGUCAUCGUGUAUUUUGUCUAUCCCGAGACGGCAAAUGUUCGUCUUGAAGAUAUGAACUCGAUUUUUGGAGACGCCACUUCCGUUGCUCCUACCCCGCAAACUCUGGCGGAGGCAGAAUCUCUCUUUAGUGGCAACCGGUCGCCUGUUCCGUCGCUUGACAUACGGGGAGGGCGUCAACCUUCUGAAAGCGCUAUUCCUGGUAUCAACAUCAACACACCUGAGCUGGACGGCUCAGCCUCACUUUCGAAGGCAGAGGGAGAAGGCGGAGAAGGUGUCGGUGGAUGGAUCUCCAAUAUGGUGAAGAGGAAUAGGGGUAAUGGAGAAGGUGACAGUUCGAGCGGCAGAUAUCAGAGAGUCGGCCAGGAUGAUCGAUGAGGCGCAGCAUAUUCUUCACGCAUCGCAAAUCCGUUACAUUCUGCUAAUGUUCGCAUCCCGGCGUGGGUGAAUCGUUCGGGCAUGCCACGAUAUCCUGAGGUUCCUUGGCGUCCUGGAUUGGAUAUAGUUAUAGAAGACGUAGACCACAACACCAUCCAUCCCUAGAUAAAUAGAGCGUCAUAGUCCUGCUCACUCAAUGUCGCG